ACAAAACCCACUGACACAAGAGACAGAGGAAUCAAAGGGAACAAAGAAAUGGAAGGGAAAGAGCAAGACGUUUCGUUGGGAGCCAACAAGUUUCCGGAGAGGCAGCCUAUCGGUACGGCGGCUCAGAGCCAGGACGACGAAGGCAAGGACUACCAGGAGCCACCACCGGCGCCGUUGUUUGAGCCCUCCGAGCUAACAUCAUGGUCCUUCUACAGAGCUGGUAUAGCAGAGUUCGUAGCCACUUUUCUGUUCCUCUACAUCACCAUCUUGACCGUCAUGGGCGUCAGCAAGUCCGACUCCAAGUGCAAAUCUGUCGGUAUUCAAGGGAUCGCUUGGUCUUUCGGUGGCAUGAUCUUCGCCCUCGUUUACUGCACCGCUGGAAUCUCAGGGGGUCACAUAAACCCGGCCGUGACGUUUGGUUUGUUCUUGGCGAGGAAGUUGUCGUUGACUAGAGCGGUGUUCUAUAUGGUGAUGCAGGUCCUGGGUGCUAUCUGUGGCGCCGGUGUGGUUAAGGGUUUUGAGGGAAAAGUCACGUACGGCCUGAAAAACGGUGGUGCUAACUUUGUAGCCCCUGGUUACACCAAAGGUGACGGGCUUGGUGCUGAGAUUGUUGGCACCUUUAUUCUUGUCUACACCGUCUUCUCAGCCACCGAUGCUAAGCGUAGCGCCAGAGACUCUCAUGUUCCUAUUUUGGCACCCUUGCCUAUUGGGUUCGCUGUGUUCUUGGUUCACUUGGCCACCAUCCCCAUCACCGGAACCGGUAUUAACCCUGCUCGCAGUCUCGGUGCUGCCAUCGUCUUCAACAAACACCUUGGCUGGCAUGAUCACUGGAUCUUCUGGGUGGGACCAUUCAUCGGAGCAGCUCUUGCAGCUCUCUACCAUGUAGUCGUAAUCCGAGCCAUUCCCUUCAAGUCCAAGUGAUUGAAUCAAACGGUUCAUGAUCAAUCAAUCUAGUUGGGAGAACUAAAAUCAAGCCAUGUUUGUGGGUUUCGUUUCAUCAUCAUGAUCUGUUUUAUCUUUAUCUUUUUUUUUUUUUUAAUUUUAUUUUAAAGUCUUGUAUUUUGUAUGUAAAGAUCAUUAUGUAAAAUUGUGAUGAUUAUUAUUAGGUGGGUGCAUGUGUCGCGUCAUGGGCCAUAUCCUCUGCUUUUAAGUUGGAAGAGGGCCCAGCUCAUGUGUGAUGUACGGCUGUGAUUGUGUAUUUUCCAAAUCAAAAAUAACAUCCUAGUCAUUUCUGCA